AUGGCACUCCUCUCACUCCCUUCUUUGAGGGGUGUUCCCCCUCCCCCCUUGCCCCCUCUGUCGCUUCUGCUGCUGCUGUUGACUUCCUUCGUGCUGCUUCUGCUCCUAGUGGGAGGCGCCGCAGCGGCAAGGGCAAGGGAGGCAAGAGUGGUGGGGGUGGCGGCGGUGGAGGCGGUGGUGGAGGCGGUGGAGGUGGUGGUGGUGGCGGUGGUGGUGGUGGAAGUGGUGGUGGGAGUUGAGGCGUCGGUGGCGGCGGUGGUGGUAGCGGUGGGAGUGGUGGCGGCGGUGGUGGCAGCAGUGGGAGUGGUGGCGGCGGCAGUGGUGGCGGUCGGGGUGGAGCGGUCCAGAGGGGAGGUUCUGGUGGUGGCCAGAGGCAGCAGCAGCAGCGUCCCCAUGAGACCCUCAGCUUCGUGGGUGUACCGCUGCUUCUGCCGUCCUGACGACGCCUGGCUCGCAGAGUUUGGCGACGAGGCUGAGCUCCCCCGCUGGCUAGAGCUGCUUAGGACCGAUGUGGAUAUCUUUGCUCUUGACUAUGAUGCUAUUCUUGCUGCCAUGUAUGCUUUGACUGUUAGUGCUGAGGAUGACUAUUACCUGUAUGUGCCGCCCGACCCAGGUAUAGAGGCUGCUGCUCUAGGUGCUAGUGCGCCUGCUCUCUCUGGUACUGCGCCUGCUGAGGCCUUGCACACCUUCACGCUUGACUCAGUUCUUGCACGUUCCUCCACUAUUCUCCCGUGUCCGGCGGUUCCGUCUGGCUCAUUUUCCGGUCUUCACCUCCCCUCGUUCUCUACGAACUUGAUGAGUACCACUGCCCUCCAAGAUGAGAUGGUCACUACCACCACUCCUGGGGGUCAGCGUGUGUCGAUCUGCACGUGUGCACGGACGGGCCGUCACCUGGCCACGUUCACCCGUCGGCCUCAGUCGAGCCUGUACACACUGACUACUGAGCCUGCUCAGGUGGCUGUGUCUGGUCAGGUGUUCGCGUCAGGUCAGGUAGCAGCCCCCUGUUCGUGUCGCCUCCUCACGCACCAGACUCUCCUUUGGCACCACCGCCUUGGUCAUCCCUCCCUGCCACGCCUCCGUGGCAUGCACUCCCGCCUCCUUGUCUCUGGUCUUCCCAGGUCUCUGCCUUCCCUCCCGCCCUCGCCUGUGCCACCCUGCCUUCCUUUCGUUGAGGGGCGGCAGCGCGCCGCUCCUCACCCCUCCUCGUUUCCCCCGACGACUGCUCCCCUGCAGACUCUCCAUAUGGACGUGUGGGGCCCAGCCCGCGUCAAUGGACAGGACCGCGAACGAUACUCUCUGCUGGUUGUUGACGACUACUCGUGUUACACCACGGUCUUCCCCUUGUGCAGCAAGGGGGAGGUCCCUUCUGUCUUUCUCCCUUGGAUCCGCGCUGUCCGUCUCCAGCUCCGCGAGCGGUUCCGCCAGGACCUUCCUGUCCUGCAUCUGCACUCUGACAGAGGUGGUGAGUUCUCCUCCCACCUCCUACAGGACUUUUGUCGUGGGGAGGGCAUCCUCCAGUCGUUCACGCUUCCGGCCUCCCCGCAGCAGAAUGGGGUUACUGAGCGCCGCAUUGGCUUAGUCAUGGAUGCUCCCCAUUUUCCGUGGCCGUUUGCGGUCCGGUACGCUGCGCAUCAGCUCAACCUCUGGCCCCGUGUCUCCUUGCCGGAGACCUCGCCUACACUGCGUUGGAUGGGGAAGGUUGGCGAUGCGUCGGUGUUCCGGGUCUGGGGCUCUUGUGCCUUUGUCCGCGAUACCACCGCGGACAAGCUCUCCUCUCGCGCCUUUCCCUCCGUCUUCCUUGACUUUCCCCCUGACGCGACUGGCUGGCAGUUUUACCACCCCACCACGUGCCAUGUUCUGUCCUCUCAUGACGUCAUGUUUGAUGAGUCGGUUCCCUUUUAUCGUUUCUUCCCCUACCGCACUGCCCCUCCCCCCCCCCCCCCCCCCCCCCCCGCCGCUCUUCCUCGCUCUUCCAGUGACCUCGACAGGCUCAACCAGGGGAGAGGGGUCUACCUGGGAAACACCUGA